AUGGUCACCAAGCGACGUGCAUAUGACGUCGCCGUUCGCGAACUUCGAAGAAUGUACGAUGUUUUAAAAUGUUCGAAGUUGCUGUACGCGUUUCCGUUCGGCAAAACGUUUGACAACGUACUCCGCAUUUUCGAAGAAUAUAAUAAGAGCGUUAAAAUGGUGUCUAUAAAGAAGCUCGGAAUUGGCGGUGGAGUUUCAUUUAUCUUCGGCAUUCUACUUUGGUUCGGUUUUCCAGCAUUGAUUAAAUCGCAAAUUAAAAAGGCGGUUCAACUGAAACCAGGAAGUGAGAUACGCGAUAUGUGGACGGUUGUUCCGUUUCCAUUGGACUUUAAGGUUUAUAUGUUCAAUAUAACCAAUCCUGAUGAAAUUAAGGAGGGUAAAAAGCCAAGGGUGCAGGAAGUCGGGCCGUUCUUCUACGACGAGUACAAGGUGAAGUUUGAUCUCGUCGAUCGAGAAGAUGAGGACUCUGUUGAAUAUAGCAUGAAGACAACGUGGUUCUUCAACCCCAAGAAGAGCAACGGAUUGACAGGCGAGGAGAUAAUGGUCUUCCCUCAUCUCAUGAUUCUGGGCAUGGUGGGAGCCACCCUUCUGGACAAACCCGCUGCGAUCGGUGUCGUCGGCAAAGCCGUCGAUAGCAUCUUCCACAAACCGGAUUCGAUAUUCGUAACAGCGAAGGCAAAGGACAUACUUUUUGACGGUCUGCCUAUCGAUUGUGACGUGAAAGACUUCGCCGGAUCGGCGGUGUGCAAUCUAUUGAAGACGGAAGCGAAAGAUCUGAUACCGGACGGUGAAAAUCACUACAAGUUCUCCCUCUUUGGCGGGAAAAACGGUACCGCCGUGCCGGAACGUAUGAAAGUUCUGCGUGGUAUUAGAAAUUACAAGGAAGUCGGUCAGGUCUUGGAAUUCAAUGGUAAGCCCGCAUUAGACAUCUGGCCGGAGGAUCACUGCAACGCUUUCAACGGUACCGAUUCGACAAUUUUCGCACCUUUAUUCGGACCGGACGAUGACGUCGUCUCAUUCGGCUAUGAGAUCUGUCGAAGUCUUAGUGCGCAUUUCGAGCGCCACACCAAAGUCAAAGGCGUCAAGACUCUCCGUUACACUGCAGGUUUAGGAGAUAUGAGCACGAAUCCUAUGGAAAAGUGCUUCUGCCGAACACCGGACACUUGUAUGACGAGAAAUUUCUACGAUAUGACGAAAUGUUUAGGCGUCCCUAUUAUUGGAUCUCUACCGCAUUUUUACGAUACCGAUGGAAAAUAUUUAGAGAUGGUGGAUGGCUUGCACCCGAAUCAGGCUGAGCAUGAAAUCGACAUGGAUUUCGAACCGAUGACGGCUACGCCAAUAAGCGCGCAUAAGCGAUUGCAGUUCAAUAUGUUUAUACAACCAGUACCAAAGUUUAAAUUGAUGAAGAAUUUUCCAAAUGCACUACUGCCUCUGUUUUGGGUAGAGGAAGGAAUUCUUCUCGGCGAUGAGUUCGUCAACAAAGUGAAGGUGGUGUUUAAAGUGUUGGCGGUCGUCAAUUUUCUGAAGUGGCUGCUAGUAUUAGGAGGGAUAGGCAUGGGCGGCGCGGCCGGAUUUUUCUACUACAAGAAUCGCGAUAGCGGCAAAUUAGAUAUCACAAAAGUUAUUCCGAAGGCCAGCGGGGACGACAACAAUCCGGAAAAGAGCUGGCCACCUGGGAUGAACAUCAGCACGAUACAAGCGUCGGUACCGCCCAGCCUCGACAGAAAUUAAAUCGCUAUUAGCGGAAGGCUAAUAUGAACAUUAAUGUCGCGAAAGUCCAUCCCCCUUCAGUCCCAGAUCUCUUUCUUUAACUAAAAUCAUUAUUAAUGUAUAUAAUUGAGCAGGCUUAUUUUCAAAUAUG